CACUCUACGGCGCUCUGCGAUCGCUGUAUGGAGCGCAUUCAAGGAGCAUGGUACCGAUGCGCCUAUUGCGCGAAAGACCUCUGUGGAGAAUGCGAGUCUCUUGACACUCACGACGAGACCCACAUAUUUGUCGUAUUCAAGGCUCCUGUA